AACGACUUAUGGAGUACGUCUAUAGCGUUUCGUUCGGCGAUGAUGUUUUUGCUAGUGUUGGUGUUUUGAUGCGUCAUCUCCAUGAUUGUUAUUAUAAAUAUACUGUAGCCUAGCAUAGUGUACAUAGAAUAGAUAUCUGAUGUCUUCAUAUAUCGAUGCACAUUGCCAUUUGGGUGACAAAGCCUUUUCAGAGGAUAUCGAUGCAGUUCUUACAGAUGCAUCUCAGCUUGGAGUUAAAGCCUGUCUUGUCUGUGCGGAAAGUUUUCAUGAUUUCAGCCGAAUUCUGAAACUCUGUGAAACAUAUCCAAAAAUUCUUCUCCCCUGCCUCGGUGUGCAUCCUGCCCAGGAAGCUCCAGCGAAUCCAGACUCAUUGCUGCAGCCAAUGAGAGGGGCUAAUCUACAGGAUCUUGAACCGGCUCUAAAGGUGAUGGGGAUGAAUUCGGAUAAACUAGCUGCGAUAGGAGAGAUUGGAUUAGAUUUUACCCCAUGGAUAUGUGGUACACACGAAGAAAGAGAUGAACAGAGACAGGUUUUCAGGAAUCAAAUUCAACUAGCAAAGGGCUUGGGCUUACCAGUAAAUGUCCAUUCUCGAUCUGCCGGCCGGCCAACAAUUGAAAUUCUAAGGGAAGAAGGAGCUGAGCAUGUGCUUCUGCAUGCAUUUGAUGGCAGUGUGAAGGUGGCUAUGCAGGGACUUCAGCUCGGCUACUUCUUCUCUGUACCACCCUCCAUCGUACGGAGUGAGCAGAAACAGAAGCUUGUCCAUAAGAUUCCGCUUGAAAAUCUACUUCUGGAAACCGAUUCACCUGCACUCGGACCUGAGAAACAGAGAAGGAAUGUUCCUGUAAACAUCAGGCUCUCCUGUGAGCAAAUUGCGAAGAUCAAAGGUGUAUCCACAGCAACUGUGAUGGAGGCAACAACAGCUAAUGCGCUUCGUUUGUUUCCCAAGCUCAAGACCAUACUACAUGUUUGAAACGAUGAUAUACGGGUUAAAUCCCAAUGUCAGCUGAAAGUCUGAGGACGAUAUGUACGUCUCGAAAGAUCACGGAUUAAAAUUUAAACACCCUUUUACCUAUUAUUGAAAAUUUUUGUAUAUAUAUAUACAUAUAUGGGGUUCGAAAUUAAGGCAUCAAGCAGUAGUUUUUGCUGCUCACAAGACUUUAGUGUCAGUUUGCUGCAUGUCUUUUCUAUGGCAGCAAGUAGUUGCUGCCUGGUAAAAACAUUUAAUUUCUAACUCUGCAAUAUAUAUAUAUAAUAUAGAGAUAUAAUUUUGCGAUUAAAUCGUUUUUACCAAUCUCUGUCUUUAGAUGCAGUGGCGGCUUGUCAUUUUGUCAUGCAAUACAACGACCAGAUGUUAAAAAUUAUUUCAUAAAUGACUGCACACUCGAAAAAAAUAUAGUGAGAUAUAGUUUAACCUAAUA